AGCCGCAGAGGGGUCGGAGCCGUUCAUAAUAAAAGCCGGUGAUGUUUCCGAGGGGAUUCGAUGCAUCCCGGGGUACCCGCAGCGGGUGGGGGGCACCCAGCACCCAGGGGACGCCCCCGUGCCCCGGUGUCACCCAGCGGGGACUGCGCAGCGCCGAGCUCCAAUCCCCAAACCGAACCAGCUCCGGUCCCCUCCCCCCAACCCCCCGCUCCACGCCCCCUCCGCGCUGCGCACGACGCCGACCCCCGCCCGCAGCCCCCGCUCCCCCUCCCCGCGGUGGGGGCGGACGGCAGCGGCGGGGCCGCCCUCGGGGCUCCCCCCGGAGGCGGAAACCGGGGCCGGGCCGGUCCCGCAGCGCUCCCGGCUGCCAUUUUAAGGUGAACAAAGCGGCGGAGGUGCGGGCAGGUGACGGGCUGCGCGGCGGUACGGGGCUCCGGAACCGGGCCGGCAUGUUCAGCAAGAAGUCCUACGACGGCCCCCCCGCCGGGUACGGCCCCCCCACGGGGUACGGCCCCCCGACGGGCGAUUACGGCUACGGGUCCCCGCCGCCGGGCUCCUAUUACAUCGAGGACGCCCCGCAGCACUUCUACAAGUGGACGUCUCCUCCCGGCGUGGUGCGGGGGCUGCAGGGGGGGGUCCUGCUGCUGUGCGUGGCCAUCUUCGCCUGCGUCGCCUCCACCCUCGCCUGGGACUACGGCUACGGCCUCGGGGGGGUCUACGGCACCGGGCUGGGGGGGUUCUACGGGUCCGGCUACUACGGCAGCGGGCUGAGCUACGGCUACGGGAGCUACUACGGAGGGGUGAACCAGCGCACGGCCAACGGCUUCAUGAUCGCCAUGGCCGUGCUGUGCUUCCUGGCCCAGCUGGGGCUGCUGGUGGCCGCGCUCAGCAAGUCGGGGGCCACGCGCUCGCGGCGCUUCUACCUGGCGGUCCUGGUGCUGAGCGCCGUGCUGGCCUUCGUCAUGCUCAUCGCCUCCAUCGUCUACAUCAUGGGCGUCAACCCGCAGGCGCAGAUGUCCAGCAGCUACUACUACAGCCCCUUGCUGGCCAUGUGCAGCCAGGCCUACACCGGCACCUACCUCAACCAGUACAUCUACCACUACUGCACCGUGGACCCCCAGGAGGCCGUGGCCGCCGUCUGCGGGUUCCUCAUCGUCGUCCUGCUCUGCCUCGUCUGCUUCUUCGCCCAGAAGACGCGCAGCAAGAUCUGGCGCUACGGCAAAGCCAACAUCUACUGGGACCGCGCGCCCGCGGUGCAAGAGGGGCCCGACGUGGAGGAGUGGGUGAAGAACGUGGCGGAUGGGGCCAGCAUGCAGGACGAGACGGCCACGCUCGCCUACUCGGAGAAGCCCACCAGCCCCGUCACCGCCCCCCCCUACAGCUACGUGCCCCCCAGCGCCGGGUACUUCCCCUCGGGCACCUACAGCAGCCGGGGCGACCAGCCGGACCGGGCCCUCAGCGCCAGCCCUGUGCAGAAGGAGGAGGAGGAGGAGGAGAAGGGGAAGGAUCAGCCCAGCAGAGCGCCCGCCCGCCGUGGCCGCCGCCGCCGCCGCAACCCUGAACUGGACGAGUCCCAGUACGAGACCGACUACACCACGGCCGUGGAGUCCAGCGACGAGCGGGACCAGGAGCAGUGGGCCAGCCUGUACCCCCCCAUCACGUCAGACAGCGCCCGGCAGCGCUACAAGCAGGAGUUUGACACCGACCUGAAGCGCUACAAGCAGCUCUGCGCCGAGAUGGACAGCGUCAACGACCGCCUCAACCAGCUCAGCCGACGGCUCGACAGCAUCACCGAGGACAGCCC